AUGUCUUCCAGUAACUUUACAGGAGUGACUGCACCAGUUUUUUCUGGUGAAAACUAUGCAGCCUGGGCAGUAAAAAUGAAAGCCUAUUUGAGAGCUUCCGAUUUGUGGGAUGUAGUUGAAGUGGAUAAGCAACCAAAUCCACUGCUUGAGAAUCCAACACUGAACCAGAUUAAACAUCACUCUGAGGAGACAGCAAAGAGUGAAAAAUCAAAGCAAAUGCAGAUUUUCAACUUGAAAAGAGAGUUUGCUUUACUAAGAAUGAAAGAUGGAGAAUCAGUCAAAGGUUUCAUUGAUAGAUUGAUGAAGAUAGUGAACCAGCUCACUUUUCUUGGAGAAAUCACUUCUGAAAGUAAGGUUGUGGAGCAAGUGUUAGUAAGUUUACUAGAAAAAUUUGAAGCAAAGAUUUCCUCCUUGGAAGAUUCAAAGGAUAUGAGCACUAUGACCAUUUCAAAAUUGUCUAAUUCAUUGCAAGCUGUGGAAUUGAGACAAGCCUUUAGAGAUAAUGUUACAGUCUCUGAAGGAGCAUUUACAUAUGUUAACAAGAAAGGAAAGGAGAAGAAGGAUGGAUAUGUUAAGAGGCAAAGAGGAAAGAAAGGCAGAUUCUCACCUUGUCUGCACUGCAAAAAGACUAGCCAUACAGAAAAGUAUUACUGGUAUAGACCUGAGAUUCAGUGUAGAGGAUGUAAGGAGUUUGGUCAUAUGGAAAAGGUGUGCAAGAACAAAGGAAAAACAACUCAGCAGCAAGCUAAAGUUGCUGAAAAUUUGCAAGAGAAACAGGAGCAUUCUGAAGAGCAGUUGUUUACUGUAGACUGCCAUAAUGCUCAAUUUCAUCCUCGAAAUUGGCUACUGGACAGCGGAUGCACUAAUUAUAUGACUUUUGAUAAAAGCCUUUUUAUCAACCUUAGAAAGAGCAAAAUUUCCAAUGUCAAAAUUGGAAAUGGAAAGCUGUUGCAAGUGUAA